UGUUCCCCUGCGGCCCCGACUCCAGGGAAUGGGAAUAUUUUGAUGGGAAAUGUUAUUACUUCUCCCUAACGAGAACGAACUGGUACAAGGCCAAGGCUCGCUGUGAAGAGAUGCACUCCCACUUGGCCAUCAUCAACAGCUACGCCAAGCAGAAUUUUGUCAUGUUCAGGACCAGGAAUGAGCGGUUCUGGAUCGGGCUCACGGAUGAGAAUUCGGAAGGGGAAUGGGAAUGGAUCGACGGCACCGACUACAAAACCACAUUCACAUUUUGGAAGCAAGGGGAACCCAACAACAGCGGCAACAACGAGGAUUGCGCCCACAUCUGGAUCUCCGGGGAGUGGAACGACGUCUACUGCACCUACGAGUGCUACUACGUCUGUGAAAAACCUCUGCCCAACUGA